AUGGAAGACUGGGAGUCAGUAACAAAGAUUGGAAACAAUGUCCGUGGUGGAGCUGGCGCAAACAGAGAGACGGUCAUUAGAGGAUCCUCUGCAUUGAAUGCUGCUAAGAGAUCUGGAGGAGCCAUUUCCACUGAGAAGAAAUUUGCUUCCGGUAAUGCUGGUGCUUCAGCAGAAGGUCAACAUCUCACCAAAGUCGACCGAUCCGAUGAAAUCAUCAAGCCCAAAACCGUCGGUCCCGAUGUCGCCCGCGCCAUCCAAGACGGUCGCAAGGCCAAAAACAUCAAAACCCAAGCUGACCUCGCCAAACUUUGCAACACCACCCCUAAAAUCGUCAACGAUAUGGAAAGAGGUGUCGCUACUCCUGAUCAAAAAGUCCUGAACAAUAUGGAGCGAGUCUUGGGUGUUAAGUUACGUGGAAAUGAUAUUGGAGGUUCGAAAUUCGGGGGACCAAAGAAGAGUGCUGCCCCUGUAGCAAAGGCAGCGCCUGCUAAGACGACGAUCAAGAUUGUGCCUCCUACAUCUGGACCACCGAGCGGGACACCUAAGACUGGUACUCCUAAGAGUGGUAUUCCAGGUGGGGAGGAUGAUGAGUAG